UGCCCCCGUCUUCCAACUAAUUCGCACAAACUACAUACAUCUUAUACUCUUUCGGACACUUCUACCAUCAUCACCACUACCACCAUCACCGGCAAUACAACCUUUCAAAUCACCCUAGAAUAAUCCGACAUUCAACUCAUUCACGAUGUCCCGAACUAAGGUCCUGCUCGUCGGAGCAGCAGGUGAAACUGGUGGCUCUAUUGCGAACGGAUUGCUCGAGCAGCCCAACUUUGAAGUACAUGCCCUUGUACGCCCCCGUUCGGUUCAGAAGCCUGCCAUUGUUGCCCUGCAAGAGCGGGGUGUUCAGAUUCGCAAGGGUGAUCUGAAGGGUCCUGAAGAGUCGCUGGCCGAUGUUCUCACUGGAAUCGAUGUCGUCAUCAGUUGCGUUGGCCCCUCAGAGCAACAGGAUCAGAUUCCCCUCGCCAAAGCCGCAAAGAAUGCCGGUGUUCAGCGGUUUGUUCCCUGCGGUUUCAUCACAGUGGCACCCCCUGGUGGCAUUAUGUGGCUGAGAGACGAGAAAGAGACAGUCUACAACCACAUCAAGCAGCUCCGUCUUCCUUACACCAUCAUUGAUGUCGGUUGGUGGUACCAGUUCUCCUACCCUCGCCUCGAGUCCGGUCGCAUCGAUUAUGCAAUGACCUCCGCCAACAAUGAGAUCGUCGCUGACGGAAACACCCCCAUCGCUUUGACCGAUCUGCGGGAUAUUGGUCGCUAUGUCGCUAAGAUCAUUGUCGAUGACCGGACGCUGAACAAAAUGGUCUUAGCAUACAACGAAGUCAGGACUCAGAACGAGAUCUACGAUCUGCUGGAGGAGAUCAGCGAAGAAAAGAUUCAAAGGAACUAUAUCCCUGAAGAAACCAUCUAUACUCGAGUGCUCGCAGCCCGCCAAUCCAGCGAAACAUACCCGUUCGAUCCCGUCAAGUUCAUUCCCAGAUAUCUUGCCGAGUACCAACUAUCCUGGGGUCUGCGUGGUGACAACACGCCGGAGUAUGCCAAGUACCUGGGCUAUAUUACCUCCAAGGAACUGUACCCCGACUUCAGGCCCACUGAUUUCAAGGAGUACCUUGAAACCGUCGUCAGGGGUGCGGCCAAGGGUGUAUAUACCGACCGCACCAUCUCCAAGGCCCAGCAGCGCUUUUUCCCUCGAUCCGAGUCCAGCGACUCUCUAUACACUCGGAUCUUCCCUCGCACCGAAUCAAGCGAUUCCCUGUACAUGUCUCGAUAAAUGACGAUAUAUGUACCUUGUGCUUGAGCAGGACACGACUCUCGGCGCUUGAUGCGCCUAUAUCUUCCCUGAUGCUCCAGCUUUGAUCGAGUAGACGGUAUCACCCAUACAGCGAUACGGUGGGCACAACACUUUGCGAACGCAGCCUGCCCUUGUUGCUUCUAUUGCUUUGACCUUCUCAUGGGUCUUUUUUCCUAUUCCCGGGGUUAUUAGACUGGCGUUUGUGUACCUAUUGAUGGAUUAUGACUGUCUUGAGUGGUAAAAGCUUACACCAUGGUGACUCACUGACGGCAAGCGCAUUCCAUCCCGCCUUGGAAUUCUUCCCGGCUCUUUCCCCC